AUGGCCACCCACGAGGAGAAAACUCGAGAUGCUGGGCCUCCCAAGGUCUUGGCCGUCGGUUUGCUUCGCACAGGCACGAACUCUCUCGCGGCCGCCCUCUCUGAGCUGGGCUUUAAGCACGUCUUCCACGGUCUGAAUUCCCGGACGAAACCAACGCACUGGGCAUUCUUCGAGCGAGCCGCCAUUGCGACUUGGCCUGAAGUGAACGCAAAGGGCCAGACACCUCCUCCCACGCCGUUCACUCGCAAAGACUGGGACGAACUCUUCGGGUCGUACGACGCGGUAACCGACCUGUCUUGUUUCUGGGCAGUGCAGCUGAUCGAUGCCUAUCCCGAUGCCAAGAUCAUUCUCACGGAACGCGACUUUGACAAGUGGUUUCCAAGCUUCGACAGCCAAGUUAUCCAACCGCUGUUUGGGCCGUGGGUUGAUGUAUUUCUCAAGGGUGUGGGCAUGGUAAUUGGUAACAGGGCUGGCUUCGCCAUGCAGAAGACUAUCAGCGGUUUCUUUGGUGGUGCUCGCACAAUCGAGGAGCUGCAUCGGCGAGCACCGGAUGUCUUCCGAGAGCAUUCAGAGCGCGUCAAGGCUCAUGUGGCGCCUGAAAGGCUUUUGGUGUAUCGCGUCGGCGAAGAUGGAUGGGAGCCUCUUUGCAAGUUCCUUGAGAAGGACGUGCCCGAAGACAAAUCAUUCCCGAGAGUCAAUGACAAGGCUUCCCAUACUGAGUCGGACAGAGUCAUACGCCGAGCAGCUUGGCUCCAGGCUGCUCGGGCGGUUGUGCCGUAUGCCAUCGCCAUCACGGCUGCACAAUGGAAUGGCGGAGGCCCGCCAGAGUGGCAGCUUGCAGUGUCCCAGCACCCCAGCAACUGCUCCUACCCCUCCAUAACCGCGGUCUCCGUCCACUGGAUCCACCCGCCAGCUGACGUAGCGGCGCCGCAUCUCAAGCUUCAAACACCACCUCACAACCUCACCGAAUACUCCGCUUCUCAACGCGUCCGCCUUGGCAUUUAG